UGAGAGUGUCACCCACAAGAAAUCAAAAUGAUAAAAUGAAAUGAUUAUUUAUAAAAAGAAAAGAAAUGAAAAGGAGGGCCCAAUGAGCCAAUGGGGGGUGGAGGGGUAGGUUUGUGCCUUUGUGGUUCUUGACAUCUUAUUGGCUGGACGGCUGAGUUGAAGACCUUCCCUUCAUUUCCCACGCUUUUAUUCCUAUGCAGUAAGUUUCAUUUCAUUUAUGAAUAAAACAAGGAUUGUUACUAUUCUGCACAAUAUUACACCCCAACAAAUUCUCAUGAUCAAAUUUUUAUUAUUUUUUUUGGGUAAAAAAUAAAACAACAAAAGCCAUUAAAAUGCAUGAUUUGACCAGGUAAGAGUAACUUAAAAGUUUGGAUGUCAAUAAUAAAAAUGAUGUUGUUUUAUAUGAUUAAUAAGGCUAUUGGACCCUCCAUUUGGAGUAGAUAAAGAUCUUUUCUUUCUUUUAAUUUCUUUUGUAGUUUGUCCUCUUGAUAAAAUAAAAACUUCAUUCACACCAUUCAUUGGAGCCACUUCCAAGUCAAGCUAGAAGAGAAGCAAGAGGAAGAACACCUUCCUUUCUCUGUUUCUACUCUCUCUACUAUAACCCUCACCUUUUCAUCAUCUUCAAACUCAUCUGAAGCUCAAGAUCUUACUUCAAUAAAGCUUGGAUUUUUUUCUUUGAACUUAGCUGUUUUAUUUGAAAGAAAGAAAAGAACAACAAAAGAAUUUUUCGAUUUCUAAUGGUUUUUUUGGUGAAAGAAUCAUCAUCAUCAUCAAUGGAGGCAGCAUCCGCAGGAACAGAGCUUACAACAGGGCGUCAAUGUUCUUCUUCUGUUGUCAAACACAUCAAGGCCCCUCUUGAUAUUGUUUGGUCUCUGGUGAGGAGAUUCGACCAGCCACAGAAGUAUAAGCCUUUUGUUUGCAAGUGUAUCAUGAAGGGUGGUGAUCUUAAGAUUGGAAGUGUCAGAGAGGUGAAUGUGCGAUCCGGCCUACCGGCCACUACCAGCACCGAAAUGUUGGAAGUUCUCGACGAUGAACAACACAUUCUUGGGAUUAAGAUUGUUGGUGGCGACCACAGGCUGAAGAAUUAUUCCUCAGUUCUUACUGUUCAGCAAGAGAUGAUUGACGGCAGACCAGGAACUGUUGUGACGGAGAAAUUUGUGGUGGAUGUGCCAGAAGGCAAUACUGAAGACGAGACAUGCUAUUUUGUGAAAGCUCUGAUCAACUGCAACCUCAAAUCCCUAGCUGAUGUUUCGGAGAGGAUGGCAAUGCAGGGCACUAUAGAGCCAAUCAGCAGAACAUGAAAAUGUAUCUGAAUGCCUUAUUUUCUUUGUUCAUGUGCUCUGGUUAAAGGAUUGCACAGAUUUGGUUGGUUGAGCUUGAGCAAUGCCAUUUACACCUCCAUUUUAGGUCAUGAAAAGUUCCCUCACAGCGAUUGUACUUGCGUGAUCUUGAAAUUUUUGCUCUGCUUAUGUUAGAUAUGUCCCUGGAAUUUUGGCGUGGGUGUCGGUAGUAUCAUCUGUGGUUAUGUUUGUGAAUAUCUGUAAAUAUGUAGGAGUGCUGUACUGAACAAUUGUAGUCCUACUAUGGAAGCUCUCCACCUUUCAGUUUCGGUUGCAUUGUUAUUGUUCUAGGAUUACAUCAGUGUGUGGUUGUUGGCCACUUAGAUAAAGUACCAGGACUAAUGUACCAGGGCAUGAUAAAUAUCCUGAAUGCUGCUGUUAUUGAAACCCAUGCGCUUCAUCUACCCUUUAGGUUCCUGUUGUGUUUUGAGCAUCGAAUGGUUUAGUGUUUACGGAUCAAAAGUUACCAGGGUUCCAAAUGUUUUUGGGAGCCAAACUUUAAUGCGUAUAUGUGAGUCUCAAUUUUUGAGUCAGUACAUGAUAACUGCAAACUAAGGCCGCAUUAUAUCCAUUACUAUAGGUCUAUAUUCGUCAUUUGAGUCAUAUCUUUAGUUGUGCUUACAGUGUCAUUUCAUGAAUGGUCACUUAUGUUUUUAAUGGUUUCAUCAUGUUGAGGCAGAUUUCUUCAUUCCGCGUUAGUAACUUGCUGUAGUUUGACAUCAUCCAAAAAAUUGUACAAAUGGCAAAAAGUGACUCCAUUUUCACUAAUGAGCAAAGGGUUAAUCAUUUGCCAUCCACCUUGUGCUGUCAGUGCCUUUUGUCAAGGUAGGAAACAAAAAAUAUCUACCUUGUAAACAUGAAUUUAGUUUAUGACAUUACAUUUACUAGACCAAAUGGUGACUGCACAACUAAACCUUAUGAAUUUUGUCAAAUACUCAUUAUAGCAGCAGGUCACUUUUUCCUUUUUUCUCUUUUCCAAGCU